AUGGAUUUAUUUUGGUUUACUCAACCUUGUAUUAUUAAGGGAACUAGAGUAGCUAAAAAUAAAGAAAUUUCUGAUUUUAAAAAAUUAUUGGGUGAUGAGAUCUGGAAUAAAAUAGUUGGUAAUUCAAAAUUAGAAAUUGUUAAAAUGAAAUCAGCAGUUAAAAAAGAUAUCGAUAUAUUAAUUUGUGAUUCAAAACCAAUUUUUUUUAGAGAUGGUAAAAUGAAUAAUAAAAAUUGGUUUUUAUCUUUGCACGCUGGUUUAAUAUUGCCCAAGUAUUAUUAUCCAAUUAUUGUAAAUUCAACACGAUGGAAAUUGAUUGAAAAAAAUGGAAUUAUAACAAAAGAAGAUGUUUUUAAUGGAGAAAAACCAUUUGAAAAUUAUCCUCCCUUUGAUCAUACAAAAACGGCGUUUGUUUAUUGUUGGAAUAAGGAAAGUAACGAAAUUUUUGGAGCUGUUGGAAUUGCAGUUCCAACUCAAGAGUUUCAUAAUUUUAAUGAUAGAAUUUAUCCUUUAAGAAGUCUUGGAGUUGUUAUGAUGACCAGGGGUAAAGAUCAUUUUUGCAAUUCUUUGUUAAUUCAGAGAUAUAAAAUAGAUGAAUUUCUGGAUAUGGAUAAAGAAUUAGAUAAAGUUCAAAUUGAUGAUGUUAGUAAUGAAUCAUCAAAUAAUGAAACUGAAAAUAAACUUGAAAAUAUAACAAUUAAAGAUGAAAAUGAAAAAUUACAUAUUUGUUUUCUAACAGCUUUAAAAUACCUUUUAAAAGAUUCAACAUUAUUACCAAUGGAUCUUGGUUAUUUUUUUCAACAGUAUGUUCAAAAAUGUGUUCCAGAUAAUGAAAGAAUAGAUUUAAAAAAAACAUCAUACUCAAAGCUAUCUAAAUAUAUUGAAAAUUUAAAUGAAAAAUCUGAAGAAGGAAAAGUAGUAAAUAUUAUCAAUGUUAAAGAUAAAAUAUCUAUAAAGUCUGUAAAUUUCAGAAAUAAAUUAAUUUCAGAUUUUGAACCAAUAUAUGGUAUUCCAAAUGAAGAUAAAGAUAAAGAAAUCAAAGCAGGUUUUUCAAUAUCAACUUGUUUCUUGAGCACUAAAUCAUUUAGAAAACUGUUUUCUGAUAUAGAUGACAAUGUCAAAAAUGAAAACAAAGCAUAUAAUUUUAAUGAAUUUAAAGAUUUACUUUUGGCAUACUUGAAAGCUAAUAAUAUACAAAUUGAAAAUGAGAAAAUAGUAAUAGAUGAAAAUUUAAAACAAUUUUUAGAGGCUAAACCUCAUAUUCAAACUACACCUCAAACUAUUAAAUCAAUUGUAACUUUAAUUCAACAAAAGUGUACACCAGGAUAUGUAAUGAAAAAGCCUGAUAAUUCAGUUACAAUUAAAAAAGGUCAAAUACCAAAUAUAUUAAUUCAUUCUGAAAAAGUGUCUUCAAAAGAAAUAACAGUUUUUAGGAAUUUAGGAUUAUUUGAUUUGUUAAAUGAUACUUUUGUUUCAUCUUUGAACAUUUUUAUGCCUCUUCUGCUGGAAUACAAGAAGGAAAAAAAAGAUGUUCUGGAGAGAUUGUUGUUCAAUUACAGGGAAAUCAUUUGA